AUGGCGACCAAACGGAAUGAGUCGCAUGCGGCACCGGCGGGAAGGCUUCCAUUCCGUCAAAACGAGAGUGGUGUCAGGCUUCUCUCUCUGGAUGGUGGGGGCGUCCGAGGCUUGUCAGAGCUAUGCAUUCUGGAAUGCCUGAUGAACUCUCUCAAAGAAGAGAUGAACCUCCCGAGCUCCUGUGUGCUCAAACCUUGCGAUGUCUUUGACAUGAUAUGCGGAACAAGCACUGGAGGUCUAAUCGCCAUCAUGCUUGGACGGCUCCGGAUGACAGUUUCCGACUGCAUCGAGUCGUAUACCGAACUUGCCGAAUCUGUUUUUGGCAGUCCCCGUUCGAGAUUGAGUCUGCAAGACGGCCGAUUUGACUUCGCCAAACUCGAAAAGGCAAUAGACGACAUUGUCAAUGAACAAAAGCAAGGCGAUAGAAUGUUGGAUACGAGGCCAGAUGCCUGCAAAGUCUUUGUGUGUGCUGUACCAGCUGCAACAAUGAACCGCGCCAGGAGACUUCGUACAUACGAUGAGAGCACUAUCGGCAUAUGCUCGAUCCGGGACGCUGCAAGGGCGACGACCGCCGCGCCUACCUUUUUCAAGGAAACAGAAAUAACAAUUCGGGCAGGGAUACGAGAACGAUUUCUUGAUGGGGGCUUAGGCUACAAUAACCCUGUCCUGGAACUGUUGAAUGAAGCGGAAAGCGUGUUCCAAGGGCGCCGUAUCGACUGCCUCGUUAGUAUCGGCAGCGGCUCUUCGUCACUAAGCCCUGUGCCUUCCGCGAAUCUCUUCCAAAGCAAGAUACCGACAAACAUCGUCGCUGCCUGCAGGAAGAUUGCCGUGCAAUGCGGACGGAACCACGAUGCAAUGGUUUCGCAUUUUGCUGCUCGCCCAGGAGUCUACUUCAGGUUCAGCGUCGAUAUCGGCCUAGAGAAGAUUGGCCCGGCGGAAUGGAAAAAGCUAGGAGAUAUCCAAAGCGUGACAUUCGAAUACCUAGACGGACCUGCAACCAAACAAGAAGUGCGUUCUGCCGCCAGAGCCCUGAGCAAGCCAUUGGAUGAAACAGGAAUCCAAGGCCAGCUGUCGAGACAUUUACCUUCCCCACAGAAUACUCAGUUGGCCUUUACCGGUCAAAAUCUAGAUACGGAAGAUAUGUGGAUGCUUUUUCCUCGAGAUGAUUCAGUCCGCACUCGACGCCCUGAACUAGCGAGGUCGACAAUCGUGACUGCUGCGCAAUACCGUGCCUUCAUUGGAAAAUUGUGCGUUGAUCCAUCCACGAUCUACAAUGUCAAGAACGAAAAGACAGAACGACACGAUGGAACAUGUGAAUGGAUUGACACAAAAUCCAAAUACCAAGACUGGUUUGCGCACCCCGGCCCUCAAAUUCUCCUGAUCGUCGCCCCUCCAGGUCAGGGAAAAUCGACAUUGGCAAAGUACAUAAUCGCAGAGACCAAGAAGAAUUCUGCUACUAACAAUUGCGCCAUUACCCUCGAAUAUUUCUGCCAUGACUCGCCGGGGCAUAAUUCAGCUUUGGCAGUUAUUCAAUCUUUUGUGUAUCAGCUAUUAGAAGGCCGACCUAGUCUCUUUGAAGCUCUUUUCUCACAGCAUCAGAGGAUCAUUGAGCAAGACUCUGAAAUUCCCCCGGACUCUUUAUGGGAUAUCUUUCUAACGGCUCUACAAAAUUCCCAGAUUGAGAGUGUGCAUUGUGUCAUUGACGGUUUGGAUGAGUGCAUGGAUACUUCCCAGGUUCUGCUCUGGAGGAUGAUCGAGAGAGGGUUGUUGAACAAAAGGAUCGAAGAUGCUCCUUACAUUCAGAAGGUCCACAUGCUUCUGACAAGCCGUCCUACUGGGCUUGCUAAGCAAAUUGGUCUUCUGACCAACGAGAUUGAAAUUGAGAGAGAAGAUGUUGAUCCGGAUAUCAAAAAAUACGUCAAAUUCCGGGUCGAAAGAAUGACCUCUGCGCAGCUGAUUCCCGACGAUGUCUCGACACUAACCAGCAGAUUUCUCCAUGAGAGAGCAGAGGGGAUGUUCUUGUGGGUGAGUCUAAUCUUAGAUCAGUUGGAAAACUACGAGGAUUCUUUGUCCUUUCAUGACGUCCUCGACCGCUUCAAAAACGUUCCGCCGGACAUUCAAGGGUUGUAUCACCGAGCACUGAAGAGAAUAAUGGGCAAGGAAUCCCUUUAUUCGAGAGCCGCAAGGAUUUUCAGCAUACUUUUGUGCUCGGCUCAGCCUCUCACGACAAACGCAUUUGCACUGGCCAUGACAGAGCUGCCAGAAAGCUGCACUUCUCAUCAAGAACUCAUCCGUCGCUCCGACCUCAGGUUUGAAUAUACAUGCAAGAAUGCUUGCGGGACCCUGAUACGAAUUGUGGACAACACCAUCCAGAUUUGCCACCCCACCGCACGAGAAUUCCUUUUGCACGAGAGUCUCUACCAAGGGCUAAAUGGGAUCGACCAACCGGCUGGCCACGCCUUACUCGCCGAGAUGUGCUUACGUUACUUGAUGUUGGAGGAUGUCGAGAUACCGCAGGGAGACGAGCAGUCAGACGCCCAAAGGUACCCUCUCUUGGCUUAUGCCCUGGCGUACUGGCCACUGCAUGUCCGCAGCUCGUCCGACAGAAUUCACACUUAUAAAGAAACAAUCCGCCGGUUUUUCAGCCUUUCAAAUAUUACACGCCUCCACUCAUGUCUCCGGCCCUCCGAAUAUUGGAACACCUGGUUCCCCAACGAUUCUCUGAGUGAAGACCUUGUCCUCCAUGUUAUAGUGUACUUUGACAUGAAGAACUUGUUACAAAACUCGAGGCUGGAGGCUGGUGGUGACAGCCUCGGGACAAUGGGCUUGAUAGCUCCAGGUGAUGAGAUGAUCCAUAACCUGAAUACCACAGUUGAGGCUAGAGACUCAAAGGGGAAUACCGCAUUACACCUUGCAAUAUACCAAGGGUUGCCAGAAAUGGUAAACUCCCUCCUACAACGGGGUGCCGAUCCAAAUGCCACGAAUUGUGAGGGGAUGAACGCUCUCCAUAGAGCUGCGCAGGGGGAUGACAUUGAUGUACUCAAGACCGUCUUGGAGCUGACGGACGACAUUGAGGUCCAGAUGUCAGAUGGAGAGACACCGCUGCUUCUGGCAACCGAUUUUGGCAUAGUCCAAGCGCUUCUCGACAAUGGCGCGAAUAUCAACGCCAGACGUCAAACUGAUGGCUGCACCAAGCUACACUUUGCCACAAGAGAUGCAAGCGAGCAGGUUGUUGAGAUCUUGCUGAAAAGGGGGGCCGAUGUUAACGCAAUGACGAACACAGGUCAAACACCUUUGCUCGCAGCUGCAGUACGCGGUUUUGCUCCCAAAGUAAGGCUUUUGCUUAACGCAGGAGUAAAAGUUUUCCGAGAGCUAGAGGAAGAUUGGAAUCCCUUGCAUGCUGCUUCUUUCAAUGGCUCUGCCGAAUGCAUAACGCUCCUUCUUGGCUACGAUAUCUGGCUGGGUGACAAAACAAAACGAGGAGAGACCGCAAUGCACCUUGCAGCGUAUGGUGGUCACUACGAGGCAUGCAAACUUCUUUUAGAGGCGGGUUGCGGUAUUGACGAUCAAGCUGAAGACGGAUACACGCCUUUGGUCAUUGCCGCUGAAGAAGGACACGAAUCCAUCGUCAAUCUGCUUCUGGCUGAGGGUGCAUCGGUGAACACAAUUCCGUCGACGAGUGUCACAGCGUUGUCAACGGCGGCUGCGAAUGGCCAUGCUAAAGUGGUGCGGCUUCUCCUGGAUCACGGCGCUGAUAAGAACUUCGUAACGGCAGAGAAGAGACCUAUGUUACUUGCCGCGAUAGAUCGUGGACACCGUGAUGUGGUGAAACUGCUUAUUGAAAGUGGCAUCAAUCUUGAGUCUCAAUGGAAGUCGUGGACACCAUUAUACCUUGCAAUCGUCAAAGACGAUAUAGCAACAGUGAAUCAGUUGCUUGACAAAGGUGCGGACAUCCACUGCCGGGGACCCAAGGGCUUCACGAUACUACAUGAUGCGAUCCGUCACGGGAGACAUGAAUUGGUCUAUCGUUUGUUGGAUCUGGGUCUCGAUGUUACCGCUUGCACUCACAAAUCGUGGACUGUAUUGCAUGAAGCUGCGAGUGUUGGACGAUUGGACAUUGCAGCUCGAUUAAUAAAAGGAGGGGCUCUUGUUAAUACGUCAAGUGCGACGGGUUGGACUCCGCUGCAUGUGUGCUGCGAGAAAGGCCAUGUGGACUUGCUGAAUCUCCUCCUCAGAGAGCAGGCCAAUCCUCUUUCGCGCACAAAAUUUGGAUCCUCUCCAUUGGACCUUGCCGCCUACAAUGGCCAUUUACAGGCAGUGGACCGUAUCAUCCAGGAAUUACACGAGCAACAAGUCCCAGUCGAGAUAUGGAACACUGCUUUGGGCCAAGCAGCAGCAAAGGGGCACUUGGAAGUCUUGAAACGUCUUCUUCAAGAGGGCCUUGACAUAGAAUUCAAAGAUCGUGACGGCUCCACUCCCCUUAUGCGCGCGAUAUCAAACAACCAGCAACCUGUUACUAGUUUCUUGAUCAGCCAAGGCGCCAAUAUCCAUACAACCAAUAACAGGGGUUUUACGGUUCUGCACGAAGGUGCACGGUACGGAAUGGCCAGUCUUGUAAUGCGACUUCUCGCUCAAGGUCUGGAUCCCUUGUCCCCAACUUUCGCUGGAGUAACGCCUCUCGCUCUUGCGGCACAUGCCGGCCACCUUAAUGUUGUCCGAAGUCUUCUCAGCCACCAGCCAAAUACCAUCCAGGAUCAUGGUCUUGGUGCCGACAUCGUUCAUUAUGCAUGUGGAAGCGACCAUCCUGUGAUCUUGGAUCUUCUUCUUCAGGCCGGACAUGACGUUCACACCCUCGACUCUCUCGGGCGAUCGACAGUAUUCGUUGCUGCGCAUCAUGGCCACAAUGACGUUCUGAAUUGGUUGCUUGCGAGAAACGUUGAUGCAUCUCGGCUUGACAGGUGGGGAUACAGUCCGCUUCAUGAAGCCGCUGGGAGUGGCUAUGAAGAUAUCGUCGCUAGUUUAAUCCAUCACGGAGUUCCUAUCGACCCUAUAUCGGAGUAUGGCACUACACCACUUCUGGAGGCCGUAGUAAGGCGCCAUGUCAAAUGUAUUGAUCUGUUGAUCAAUGCAGGAGGAGAUCCAACCAUCACGGAUUUAUUUGGACGAUCCGCACUGGACACAGCCGCAACGUCACCCUCCCUUUUGGCAAGAAUGGGCAAUUGGAGCCAAUCACUUGAGCCAACGGAUCCAAUUUUGCUAAAAGUAACUCAAGAGCGAGCCAUGAGAUCGUUAUUUCAGAAAAUCCACAUAUCUGAUGCUUACAAUUUCCCCGAAAUUGUGGGCAACUUGACCCGUGGCUUGAUCCUUCUGAAGGAAUAUGAGCUUGCCCGCGUUGGCAUUCUAAUAUUGACGAGGCCAUUAUCGGAACAAUUGAUUGUAUGGAACUACGUUUGUAAUGCAUGUCGCAAAGACAUCGAUGCCGCUUCAGCAACUUUGCGCAUAUGUCAAACCUGUACCAUCGAUUUAUGCGAGUCCUGCUUCGGCAGGUACGAAGAUGAGCGCCAACCGGAGGAUUGCUUGUGCGAGGGCCACGAAUUUCUGACGGUCAGCGAGGAUGACUGGAAUGAGAUGGAACCAAAAUAUGAAUACGGCGAAGAGAAAAUCACAAUUAUCCGAGAAGCCUGGCUCAGCAACAUGCGUCAACGCUUCCCUCCUCUCAGCCCGACUGAGCUUGAUCCGAGCUGA